AUGACGAUAAACAUUGGAACAAGGAGUCCAAAGAAACUGCCUAUUGCCUCCUUCAGACAAGGAGACCGCCCGCCUGCUCUCUUGCCCCAGCCCCCCAUCCAGGUGUACGGGCUGGAGGGCCGCUAUGCCACCGCGCUGUACUCCGCCGCCUCCAAGCAGAAGAAGCUGGACCAGGUAGAGAAGGAGCUGACCCGAGUCUGGACCCUUAUGAAGGAUCCCAAAUUAUCCAGUGUUGUUAUGAACCCUCAUACCAAGAGUGCAGUUAAACAAAAAGCUGUAAAUGAUGCUUUGGCAAAAGAGAAGAUGUCCCCUAUUACUGUCAACCUGAUGAACUUGCUUGCUGAAAACGGUCGCUUGCGUUACACUCCGGACAUUGUUUCUGCCUUUGGGAAGAUCAUGAGCGCAUAUCGAGGAGAAGUGCUGUGCACGGUUACCACUGCCCAGCCCUUGGAUGAUGCCAGCCUUACUGAGCUAAAAAGUGCUUUGAAUGGAUUCUUGGCUAAAGGAGAAGUCUUGAAGCUGGAGACCAAGACUGAUCCGUCAAUCCUUGGUGGAAUGAUUGUCAAUAUUGGGGAGAAGUACGUGGAUAUGUCAACAAAGACAAAGAUCCAGAAACUCACCAAAAUCAUGAGAGAGACUGCAUUUUAAGUUAUCCUAUUCAUUCACAAUGAAACCUGUCAGAUGAAUAUAAUAAAAUUACUACUUCUUGAGUAGAG